AUGCCUUUAAUAGUAUUUUGCGGAAUUCCAGGCUCAGGAAAGACAACAAGAGCUUUAUAAAUCAAGGAAUAUUUAGAAUAGAAACAUAAAUGUUAGGUUGUUCAUUUGAAUGAAGAGAUACUUUAAAUGGAAAAGAAAGAAGUUUACAAAGAUUUUUAGGCAGAAAAAUUCGCAAGAGGAUUCUUAAGAUCUAAUGUUGAGAAAAAUAUAGCUGGAAAUACAGUUGUGAUUUUGGAUUCACUAAAUUAUAUAAAAGGUUAUAGAUAUGAAUUGUUUUGCCUUGCUAGAGCUGCUUAAACUUAACAUUGUGUUAUUUAUUGUGAAUGUGAUCCAUAAUUAGCAAAAGAAAAUAAUUCUAAAAAUGCAAAUAAUUUUACUGAGGAGAUGUUGGCUGAUUACAAUAAUAGAUUAGAAAUUCCUAUCCCUAAAAAUCGUUGGGAUUCCCCUUUAUUCCAUUUGAGAUCUAAAGAAGAAACUCCAUUUGAAGAAAUAGCUAAUGUACUCUUAUACUAGGCUAAGAAAUCAAAAGAUCCUGUUUCUACUGCUCCAGAAAUAAAAUUUGAGAUUAAUUUCUUGCAAGAAUUAGAUCUUAGAGUGCAAAGUGUAAUUGAUGAACUUGUAUAAAAAUAAUAAGAAAGCAUCUAAUCUAAUGUUAUUACUUUCUCAGAUUGUACUGAAAAGCUCAUGAUAAAUAAAUAAAUUUCAUUGAUAGAACUCAAAAAAAUUAAAUAAGAGUAUUUAAAGAUAACAAAGCACAAUCCUCCUAAGAGAAUUGAAGAUAUCAAAAAUUUCUUUAUUAUUUAUCUUUAAAAAGUUGUAGAACGUUUUUGA